AUGGAAACACCCUCGUUAGGACUACCCUCCAUUUGUGCCGGUACCGAUGUGGAUACGGACGUAAACGUCCCUUGGUGGACAUUCACCUCUAUUGGGUACCCGUUUGCUUUUGAAGAGCCUUUCAGCCACGUAGUUGAAGAACGGCCGGCCUUUCUCGACGACCUGCGGUGUAUCUUACCCAAUGGGACCGUUGGAAAGGGGGAUGAUGGGAAAAGCUUGGAAGCCUUCAACCGGGCAAACCAAUCGCACGAUCCGGUACCUGACUGGGCCAAUGGGUACCUCCAACUGGUAUCCGAAUCGGUAUCUGAGAGUGACUUGGCGGCUUGGCGGUCGAUACGCGCCUUCAACGAUCUCAAAUCGAUGACCCGACUAAAGUACUCUCAUCGUCGACUCCGCAUUAGUGACCUACAUAAACAACGAAGACCUCUUGAUUGA